AAUAAAAGUAUUCUCCAUCACCAAAAGAGCAAAACAGUGAAAAAUUAUUCAACAACCGAGUAAGUAAUUUUACUCAAACAAAAAAUUAUGGCAAAGCAAAUAGAAUAGUAGCAUUUUGGGCAAGCAACUAUCUGCGGAGCGACAUUAGCGGAGAACUUUACUAAAGUGACCCGCCACAACAAUACCACGUGAUCACAAUCAAAGCCUACACAUUCCAUAGAACUUUCCUAACCAGGGGCCCCACCGUUUGUUUGUGUCUUUCGGUUUUGCAUGCCGACGACCGCAAUAUCAUCCGUUACUAAAACAUGACCAAGUUGUCUUCUGUUUUGACCAUGCCUUGAGAAUGUAACCUCCAAUUGGAUUCUUUUUUAGAUCUAUAGUAUCUACCAAGUCUUGCGUGUAAAAAAAAUUUGAAAAUUUUACAUUCAAGAUAGUCCGUAAUUAAAAAAAAAAAUCCCAAGCAAGAUCUCCCAUGACCCACAUAAUUCCUACAUGGAGCACUGUCAUCCACUUGCUGGUUGUUAAUCACAAUAAAUGGGACAAAAUGAUUAUUAACUUCUUUGAUUCUUCCUUUUACUACGCCUUCCAUUUUUUAAUACAAAUCACAGCCAACCAAACCAAUGGUAAGAGGCAAAAAGAAAAAAGAAAAAAAAAAAAAAAAAAAAAAAAAAAAAAAAAAAAAAAAAAAAAGAGAAAAGAGGGUUUGGAAUUUGGAGAGAGGAUCCAUUUUCCAGUCAUGGUGGAGUGCUCUGACACUUUGUUUAUGCUUCUUUCCUUCCUUCGUGAAAUGUGAAAAAGUUGAAGACACUCCACAUUCCUCAUUCCCAUCCCUGUCCUUUUCUCAAUUUUGGGACCUUCCAUUUUUUCUCUCAGCCAUUCAACAUUUUCUCAAUAAAAAACCUUUGUUUUUGCCUCUUUCUAGGUCUUGUAGCUAGUGUCCCGUUUUGGUGUCAGAUAUAUAUGGGGUUCUGAGUUUACUGGGAAAGUUCCUAUAUUGAUACUGUCUUUGGUGGUUUUUUUCUUUUGUCCUAGGCUAAGCAUGGAAGGUGUUCAGAUAGAAGUCUUUAUCUUGUUUUGUUUUGGUCUAAUAAUUACAAUGAGUUAUGGUGCUACCAACACAAAUGAUGUCAAAGUUUUGAAUGAUUUCAGAAAAGGGUUGGAGAAUCCAGAGCUUUUGAAAUGGCCAGAGGAGGGAGAUGAUCCUUGUGGUCCUCCUUUAUGGCCUCAUGUUUACUGUUCUGGAGAUAGAGUCAACCAGAUUCAGGCUAAGAAUUUGGGGCUUAGAGGGUCAUUGCCUCAAAACUUUAACCAACUGUCAGAACUCUACAAUUUGGGUCUCCAACGCAACAACCUUAGUGGGAUGUUGCCAACUUUUAGUGGAUUAUCCAAAUUGGAAUUUGCUUUCUUGGAUUAUAAUGCAUUUGAUGCAAUACCAGCUGAUUUCUUUAAUGGACUUAGCAGCAUUAGGGUCUUGUCUUUGGAAGAAAAUCCACUGAAUACAAGUAGUGGGUGGUCGUUUCCCAUGGCUUUAGAAAAAUCAGAGCAGUUAACCAAUCUUUCUCUGGUGCAUUGUAACUUGGUUGGACCAUUGCCUGAUUUUCUUGGCACAUUGCCAUCCCUCACAAAUCUAAGGCUUUCAGGAAACAAGCUGUCUGGUGCCAUUCCAGCUACUUUUGCUCAGUCUUCAAUUCAGGUGUUGUGGUUGAAUAAUCAAGAAGGUGGUGGGUUGAGUGGUCCUAUUGAUGUUAUUGCUUCAAUGACUUUUCUAAGACAGGUUUGGCUACAUGGAAACCAGUUCACUGGAACAAUUCCACAGAAUAUCGGAAAUCUUACUUCCCUGCAGGAACUAAAUCUCAAUAGUAAUCAACUUGUUGGCUUGAUUCCUGAGUCCCUAGAACAUAUGGACCUUGAGAUCCUAGUGUUAAAUAAUAACAUGCUAAUGGGUCCAAUACCAAAAUUUAAGGCUGCCAAUGUUUCUUAUGCUAACAAUUUCUUUUGUCAACCUGAACCAGGGCUUGAAUGUGCCCCUCAAGUUACUGCACUGCUGGAUUUUCUGGAUAAGCUGAAUUACCCUUCAUCUCUCGUUUCUGAUUGGGUUGGUGAUGAACCAUGCACACGCAGCACAGGUAAUUGGUUUGGAUUGAGCUGCAAUUCAAACUCAGAGGUGUCUAUUAUCAAUCUACCUGAACACAAGCUAAAUGGUACUCUAAGUCCCUCACUUGCUAAGAUAGAUUCACUCCUAGAAAUUAGGCUUGAAGGAAACAACAUAACCGGCUCAGUUCCCACCAAUUUUACCAAAUUAACAUCUUUGAGAUUGUUGGAUUUAAGUGAUAACAACCUUGUGCCUCCAAUGCCAAAAUUUCAUAAUGAUGUGAAGGUUAUUAUUGGGGGAAACCCUCUUCUUCCUAAUCAAACUAAUGGAAGUCCCAGUCCGAUGCCUAUUAGAAGCCCACCUUCACCACAAAAUCCAUCCUCUCAUGAGCCAUCUGUUCCAGAUCAGAGUUCAAGAUCAAAUCAAUCCAAACCAAGUGACUUGAAAAGAUUUAAAACAGUAGCAAUAGUGACUGGAGUUGCAGGGUUUGCAGUUAUAGCUCUUUUGGUUGUUUAUCUCUUCCUAUGUUGCAGGAAGAACAAAAAGUCCUCCUUGGAUGCACCAAGUUCCAUUGUGGUUCACCCACGUGAUCCAUCUGAUCCAGAUAACAUGGUUAAAAUUGCAGUUUCAAAUACCACUGGAAGUUUGUCAACAAAGACUGGGACAAGUUCUCUUAGUAACAUUAGUGAUGAAACUCAAAACUCUCACAUGAUUGAGGAUGGCAACCUUGUCAUCUCUAUACAAGUACUACGCAAGGUUACCAAUGAUUUUGCCUCAGAAAAUGAGCUUGGUCGUGGAGGGUUUGGAACUGUUUACAAGGGGGAACUAGAAGAUGGGACAAAAAUUGCAGUGAAGAGAAUGGAGCAUGGGGCUAUUAGCAAUAAGGCAUUGGAAGAGUUUCAAGCUGAAAUAGCUGUUCUUUCCAAGGUCCGGCAUCGACAUCUGGUAUCCUUGUUGGGGUAUUCCAUUGAAGGCAAUGAAAGACUUUUGGUUUAUGAAUAUAUGUCUCUUGGUGCUCUAAGCCAGCAUCUUUUUCAUUGGAAAAGCUUGAAUUUGGAGCCUUUGUCUUGGUCACAGAGACUUGCAAUAGCACUAGAUGUUGCUAGAGGGAUGGAGUACCUCCACAGUCUUGCACGCCAGACCUUUAUUCAUCGAGAUCUCAAGUCUUCUAAUAUUUUAUUGGGUGAUGAUUUUCGAGCUAAAGUUUCAGAUUUUGGAUUGGUGAAGCAUGCCCCGGAUAGUGAGAAGUCUGUAGUGACCAAACUUGCUGGGACAUUUGGAUACCUUGCCCCUGAAUAUGCAGUGAUGGGGAAAAUCACCACAAAAGUUGAUGUGUUCAGCUAUGGUGUGGUGCUGAUGGAACUUCUGACCGGACUUGUGGCACUUGAUGAGAGCCGGCCAGAGGAAAGCCGGUACUUGGCUGAAUGGUUUUGGCGAAUUAAAUCAAGCAAGGAGAAGCUUAUGUCUGCCAUUGAUCCGGUUCUGGAAGCAACUGAAGAGACUUUUGAGAGCAUAACCAUUGUGUCUGAACUUGCUGGACACUGCACUGCAAGGGAAGCACAUCAUAGGCCAGAUAUGAGUCAUGCAGUGAAUGUCCUGUCAGCAUUAGUGGAAAAGUGGCAGCCAGUUGAUGAUGAAUUAGAUUACUACUCUGGCAUUGACUACACAAGACCACUUCCUCAAAUGUUGAAGAUUUGGAAGGAAGCAGAAAGCAAAGAGUUUAGCUAUGCUUCUACUUCUAGUCUUGAAAACAGCAGAGGCAGUAUUGCAGCUAGGCCUCUUGGGUUUGCAGACUCUUUUACUUCUGCUGAUGCAAGAUGAUCUAGCGCAAUUUGUGGACCCUGUUGCUUUGUCAUUGAUCAAAUUUACUUGGACUCACCUUGUGUUUCUGCAGCCAUGAGGCAAAAAUUAUGUCUCUGGUCUUUGACUCUUUGUAUUGUUUUUGGACUUACAAUACUUCAAAAUACCAUAGGAAUGUAGAUAAAUAUAUUUUCCUUUUCUCUUUAUGUGGCCUUGUAUACAGGAAAAUCAAUUUAUAUUUGAUAAUCUGUGUGACAAGUCAUUCAUGUACGUUGUGCUAUCCAUGUUAGUAUAGGAGGUUGAUUAUUGUACUGAAAUGCUUAGCAAAAUAUUUAAUAUCUCCUAAGAGUUGCCUA